AUGACUAAAUUAUAUUAAAGAUAUGUACUAUAAUAAGAAAUUAAAUAAAGUUCUAAUGAUCCUCGUUCUAUUGAAGAAAUGAAUAGACAUAUUAAUCAUUUAGAAAAGAGUGCCAUUUAAAUUAAUUCAAGUACAGAAAAAAUGAUGGUUAGAAGAGAAAAAGAAAUCUAUAAAAGAACUAGUGAAAAUUAAUAAUUAAUACAUGAAUUAAAUGAAAUAAGAAAAUAAUGUAAAGAUUAUGAAACAGAAAAAUCAAAUUUAAAAAUUGAAAAUGAUAAAUAUAAAAAAGAAAAUGAAAAAUUUAAAUAAGAAAUUAAAGUCUUAUAAACUAAGCUUGGUAAAAAUAUUGGAGAAGUAUUUAUAUUCUUAAAUAACUAUAGUAAAAUGUUGAAAUGAUGAACGAAGAUGUAAUGUAAUAAUCAUAGCAACCUAUAUUACCUUAAGCUUUGAAUAUUAAUAAAUAAGGAAGUGCUUAAGCUAGAUUAUAAUCACUCCCAUAAAAGAAUAAUAAAAUGGGUAAAAUUUUAAGAGGUCCCAAUUUCGAUAAAUAAAAAUUAUAACCAUUUGAAUUCCAAAAGAAUGUAGAAUUAUAAAAUUAAUUGCAAAUUGCACUUAAUUAAUUACAAGCAAAUGAAUCAAUGAUAAAAAAUUUUAGAAAAAUUCUAAAAGAAAAAGGUAUUGAGGAUCCUUAUGCUGAUGCAGAAUAAGAACACAGUCAAUUUGGUAGACCUUUAAGCUCUAUUUUUGGUAGUAGAGUUUGA